AUGUUUGGCAUGCUUUGUGCCGGAGAUGAUGAACCGGCCCCGGCAAAGAAGACGGAACAAGUUGAGCACGUGCUCCGAGCCGUGCGCUUUAGAGGUUUACCGUCGCCGGGGACCGGUACACGUUCUGAUCCGUUUGACUUAGACCCCGAACCUUCCUCUAGACCUGCUCCCGAAACUACCUCAAAACCUGAAGCUUCUAGUCGUAAUCCUUUAGAUCCUGAAGGAAUCUUUGAUGAGGACCCUGAACCGUUAGGAUCUGCCCCUGGCUCUUCCAAGAAACCUCGAAAAGAAAAGGGUCCAACACCACCUGACGACCCGGUUGGACCUGAGGACGAGGAGGACCUGAGGGUUCCUCUUUCUUCUGUUUCGUUGUAUAAUCAUCGGAGCCGAGGGCAUUUUCCUUUUGAUUCCAAUUGUGAAGCGUGUUGUUCUUCGAAAGGGCGCGUUCCAGCGCGUCGCUUGAGGAGGAAGCUGCAGAGAGAGAACCAGACCAUAGGUCUUGAUUUCUUCUAUUUCGGAAAACUGAGGGUACUCUUGAUGAUGCACCUCGGUUCUAAGUAUACUGUCUCUCUUCCUGCGAUGCACCUCGAUGACCCUGACCUGCUCCACAACAUCAACCGUGUGAUUCGCGAAAUGGGAUUAGUCGGUAAAGCGGUUACAUUUCGGAUGGACCAAGAAGCGGCUCUUGGAGCCCUUGCCGAGAAACUCACCAAGUGCGAUAGCAGCCCUGCCAGCGCAACUUUGAUUGACGUGGUUCCGGGCUACAGGCCCCAGUCGAAGGGAUCGAUUGAGCGGCAGGUUGAAACUAUGAAGCAGGGUUUCUGGUCUGUUUGGUUGGACCUGGAGAAAGAGGUUGCUAAGGUGAAGCAGGAAACGGAAGCCGUUGAGCUUGGGAAGUAUCGGUUACCUUUGGGAGGUUUGCUUUGGCAAGCCUGUGUUUUCUAUGUUGCUAGGUGCUAUAACCUCUGGUGUACCAGCGUCGGGGAUUCGAGCACUAGCAUCGAUCGACUGCAUGAGGAGAUUGUGAACCGGACUCGGACGAGACCGUUCGGGUGUCUGGUUCAAGCCCAGGUCAGUAAGUCCAAGGCGCACCAUGAUAAGUUCAGGGGCGCCCGGACCGUGAAAGCGGUUUAUCUGGGACCGGUGCACGCCAAAGGUGGCGGCAUCUUUGCCAACCAGGAGGUUGUGAACGAUGAGGGGGAUAUGGAAAUAGACUGGCUCACGAAUCACUAUCUUGAGUCCCUGUUUCGAGGGCCUGACCUGCGAGCCACCUCCACUGCAGUUGCAAAGUCGUUUGAUUUGAAGUUUGGGGGUACGAAGAUAAGGUGUGCUGUUCCUCAGAACGCUGUGUCUGAGACUUCGGGAGAGAAGCUAGAACCCGAUCUUCUUUACGCAUCAAUGAAGCUUGAGUUGGAAGAGUUGGAAUCCUUCAAGGUUGGGGAAGUGAUCCCUGAGCGCGAAGCUCGCCGUCUUGCUAAGGAAAACGGCAGGCGAGUCUUGACUAGCAGGUGGGUCAACACGGUCAAGAAGAAGGGACUGUAUAGAUCUAGGCUAGUCGUGCGGGAUUAUGCCUCUAUGGGAGGCACCACCUUGAGUGAGGGAAUCUACUCUCCUACUACUUCAUUGGAGGGUCUGAGAUUGCUUCUGUCAAUGCUCUGCCGACGUGGCAGUGUGUUGUCCUGCGAUGUCUCGGUAGCGUUCAUGCAUGCUCCCGUAGCGAGGGCAGAAUUCGUAGAGUUGCCGAAUAAUGUGAGCACCCAGGGGACUGGGGAACGAGUUUUCGUCAAAUUGCGGAAAGCGAUGAACGGAUUGCGCUCUGCUCCAUUAUCUUGGUAUUGCGAGUUGGCUGAAUACUUGCGCUCUCAGAAUUUCGAAGCGAGUUUGGACCCCACUAUAUUCCGUCGUCUUACGAGGAAGGGUUUGACGAUUGUGUUGUUUUAUGUGGAUGACUUGCUGAUCUAUAGUGAAGAUGAAGCUGAGGGGCGCCGGUUCUACGAGGAGUUGCGUAAAAGAUAUAAACUGAAACUUACGGGCGAGUUGAUUCAAGAUUGCCCCGGGGAAGUUUCGUUUCUCGGUCGGCGGAUCUUUCGCCGUAAGAAAGGGGAACGUACGGUGUAUUUCGGGCUAGACGAACAGUACCUGAGUUCCUGUUGCGAGGAGUACGGAAUCACCAAACCUGCACCAAAGCUCCCUUCCCUUGAACGCCGCUAUGCUGAGUUACUGAAGAAAGGCCAGACUGAGCUGAUCAGUCCAGCUGCUCACGAGAGGUACAGAAGGACUCUGGGCCGUUUGGCCUGGGCGGCUCUGUCACGACCAGAGAAACAAACGACUACCGCACUCUCCAGUGCGGAAGCAGAACUCGCGGCACUCACAGAGGUUGCUCGUGAAGGGUUGUACAUUGCUUUGCUUGUGGAGACCAUCCGCGAGGGUAUGCCGAAAGACAGGGAAACCGGUUAUUAUGUUCUUAAGGGAUAUUCUGAUUCCGAAUCGGCGGUUUGUAUAUCGAAGAUGCAGACCCUCCUGAGGAAAGUGAGGCACAUCGAACUGCGUGCCGCAUUCCUUCAGGAGCUGGUGGCCAGGGGUCGUUUUACUAUAGAACACAUACCGGGAGUGAUAAACCCUGCGGACGCCCUCACGAAAAGCCCCACUAACGAAAGUUUGGCUAGCUUGUACGAUGCCUCUGGCCUUGUAGAUGAACCGAAGGCCUGGGAGAGUGAGCCUACUGAGGUGCACGUGUCUUUUGAAGAGCCCAAUGAAAACGAACGAAAGGCCCUGGAGAAGUGGAGAGCGGCUCUGGCCGUUCACAAGAGGUCCUGGAAAAGGAUCGAGAAGCUGUUGGAGCCUUACGUGGGCUCCCCGAACCUUCUUCUUUCUCACGAGUGGCCUGAGAGGGUGACCAACGACCUUGGAAAAGAUGGUGGUUUGUGUCUAACCGCACAGAGUUUGUGUGGGGACUUUCGUCUCAGUGCUCUGAGGGACACGGCCACUACUACCUUCCUCUUCCUGAGUCAGGCAGUCCUUUUCCCCUCGCUGCGCGCACUCCCUCGCCGUCUGGGGCUUGCACAGUUGCUCCCGGACUGGCUAGAGGCUUGUGCUUUUCGUGCAGCUGGAGGCCUGCCUAGUAUGGUGCAACGCGCCUACCACGUUUGCAAGCGCUGUCAGAAGGUUGUGGAAGUCACCUUUGAUGACGAGGCUGAGGUUGGGGACUCCUCGCCUGAUGAGCCCUCCCCUCCUCGCCCCACGAAGGCCCAGGACGACCGUUCCAAGAGGAACACCCGCAUCCUUAAGUCCCUUCGCAGGGUGUGGGGUGACCUGCCUGCUGAGGCAAAAUCCCAGCUCAACGACGCCGGUUUCGAGGCCCCCCAGGCGCCCGACAUUGAGAUGGAGCCUGACCUGCUCACCUUGCUCCAAGAGAAUCUGGAGCACCUUCCGGAAUGUAUCCGUCAGGCCUUGCCCCCUCCUCCGCCAGAGCCUGUGCCGGAUCCCCUCAAAGAAGGACGUGAAUCGGGCAACGCCUUGAGGCGCUCGAUUCUGAAGCUGAAGCAGUUGGGCCAGGAAAAAUUGCGGCUGCAGGAGGACAUCAACAAGACGAAGUCUAAGCUUCACGACCUGCUCCGCAGCAUGCAAUCCCUCCAGAAGGCGAUCUCGGAGGCCACCGACAUAGCCCGCAAGUGUUCGGAUGCUUACGAAACUGGGGUCCUGCUCCACGCCCCCAAGAGCGAGGUUGAUCUCGUCUUGGAGGCCCUCGGCUUGUCGCCUGAGGCUCUGACCGAGACCCAAAGGGCCAACCUACAGGCCCUCCGCACUCCGGCCAAACAGCCCGCGGAGGUGUCAGCCCCCCCCGGGCUCGGGCCGACACCCUUCCAGUUUGGGCCGGUGCCCGCUCAGACCGAGGAAAAGGCUGACGAUGCCCUUGAGGACGAACCCAAGGAUCCUGCGGAGCAUCCGGGCAGUCGGCCGGCUGCCCCUGCAACACCUGCCAAGACCCGCAGCCGAUCCCCAUCUCGUCUUCCUCCUGCUUCCGAGGCUGAGUCUAAGGGCUCGUAG